AAGAUAGAAAAAAUUGUAGUUAGGAGGGAGGGGCUCCAAGAUUGAAAUUCGAGAGUAGACAGGGGAAGCUUUGGUGUCGCAAGAUAACCCACACACAAGUGGCUUUGGUUCGCUGAAAGAGACUCCGAAAGCCACAGUUGGCACCUUCAACUUCAGCUUCGGCUUCUUCUCGGCCAUGGCAAUGUCCAUGGCUGUGGUUCGCCCUUCACCAUUUCUCGGCGACAUCGAUUUUGGCCUUGGAGGCUUAUCAUGUAGAAAACACUUCCUAAUUCCCAAUCACACAUCAAGAAUAAAAGCACUCUUUUGGGAACCUAAGAAGCCUGUGGAACCUCCUGAAAUGUAUCUCUCCUUAAACAACUUCACAUCGACCAAGAUCCAUACCAAGGAAGAAUCAUCAGAAACUGAGAAAGCUAAAAAGAUAUCAGUUUCUGUAGUCUCUUCAAUUUUAGAAGUUCCUUCUAGUGAUUGGGAUGCAUGCAGUCUUGAUGCUACUGGUGUACAACAAUUUAAUCCUUUUCUUUCUCAUGGAUUUCUUUCAAGCCUAGAGGAAUCAGGUUCUGCAAUUAAGGAAACAGGAUGGCUGCCACGUCACAUAGUUGCAUAUGAUGAAGAUAAAAAUAUCAUGGGCGUGAUCCCAUUGUAUCUAAAAAGUCAUUCAUAUGGUGAAUAUGUUUUUGACCACUCAUGGGCUGAUGCUUAUUAUCGUUAUGGUUCAAGGUAUUAUCCAAAAUUGCAGUGUUGUGUGCCUUUUACUCCAGUACCUGGUCCAAGGAUCUUAUUGAGAAACACUUCAUACAAAGAUCAAGUCUUUGACAUUUUAGUAUCUGCUAUGAAGGAUUUGGCAAUUAAGUUUGGAGUUUCAUCAUUACACAUAACCUUUUCCUCUGAACAAGAAUGGAAUGCAUUGAAGGGUAAAGAUUUCCUGCAAAGGACUGGAAUGCAAUAUCACUGGAAAAACCGCAACUACAAAAAUUUUGAUGAUUUCUUGAUGGACAUGAAGCAAAGCAAAAGAAAAAAUAUUCGACAAGAACGCAAGAAGAUACCUGCUCAAAAUCUGACAAUGAAGCGUCUGAGGGGUUACGAAAUUAAGGCUAAGCAUUGGGAUACAUUUUAUACAUUCUACAGGAACACCACAGACAACAAGUGGGGUACUCCUUAUCUAACAAGAGAAUUUUUCCAUAUGAUGGGCUCAAAAAUGGAGGAUCAUGUAAUGCUAAUUGUGGCUGAGGAAGGGGAGGAGGUGGUGGCCGGAGCUCUUAAUCUUAUUGGCGGAGAUACAAUUUAUGGGCGGCUGUGGGGUUGUCUGCCACGUGUCUAUUAUCCAAGUUUGCAUUUUGAAGCAUGCUACUAUCAGGCAAUUGAGGCUGCGAUCGAGCUAAAUUUGGAGAAAGUAGAGGCAGGAGCUCAAGGGGAGCAUAAAAUCCAACGUGGCUAUCUACCUGUCACCACGUACAGCUGUCAUUAUUUAUUAGAUGAAGGUUUUAGACAAGUCAUUGGCAACUUUUUGUCUCGAGAAACAGAUCAGGUGAAGCUUGUUACAGAACUGAUAAAGGAUUCUGGCCCUUUCAAAGAUGGGAUAAUUUAAGGUAAGAAACGUGAAAUGAAAGGAUUUGGAAUUUAUAUAAUGUAGGUAGAAUGUUGGGUGGAAUUUGUUGAGCAAGAAAUAGGAAAAAUAUAUAAAGUUAAAAGGGAAAAAAGGUAAAUGGACUUCAUUCCUAGUUAAACAAUUGUAUAUAUAGUGCUACAUUUGUAGAUACGAUUUAACUUGUAUAGUAAUGGGGGUAAAUGAUGGACUUCCCUUGAGGCCCGACCCAUGAUUAUAUUUA